GUGGUGGGUGGGCAAAUGGGCCAGGCAGGUCCCCAAUCAGCGGGCACCAGCCAGACCAAGCACACGAAUUUCGAAAAAAGUCCCCGUCCCUGACUGACGCCCGCCACCACCAACCCGGCCCUCCCCCCAUCAUCGUCGUCGUCUUUUCUUCUUCAACUUGCGCCGCGAACCCUCCCGGCUCGCCUCGCAUUCCGAUACCCGCCCGCCAGCCUGGCCCGACAAAGCCCAAUCGUUGCCCGACCCCAGGCUGCCCUCGUCGCUGGCCACGUGCGUGCGUGCCACACAGCAGCAGACCCGACCCGACGGGAGCCCUUUCGCCCGCAGCGCCCAGGGAUAGAUAGAUGCCCCGCCAUUCGCCCUCCUUGUCCUGAGUGAGCGCCGCACAUCAACAACCACGGUCUUCCUCGACAACACUCCUCCCCUUCCCCCCCUCCGCCCGCCCCAGCCCGCCUCGCAUCUUCUCGCAUACCUCCCGAGAUGGACUCUGCUGCUGUCCGAGGCUUGCUCGCCGCGAGCUUGGACGCCGAUGCGGACAACCGGCGCCGGGCUGAGCUGCAGCUGAAGCAGGUCGAGGAACAUGGCGGUUUCAUGGACUGCCUGUUUCAGAUACUCCAGGCCGAGCAGGACGCGAGCGUCCGACUUUCUACCGUCAUCUAUAUCAAGAAUCGCGUUAAUCGUUCCUGGUAUCAAUCCGAUCAGUUCUCCAACGAAACAUUGAUACCCGAAGAUGAGAAGUCUCGCAUCCGAGAGAUAUUGGUGCCCAUCCUGGCAACCUCCGAAGGUCCAGUGCGCCAGCAACUCGUCCCCGUCCUCCAGCGCAUCCUCCAAUGCGACUUCCCGAGCCGAUGGCCUCGCUUCAUCGAGUUCACGAUGGAGCUGCUGAACACGAACAGCCCCAGUUCCGUCCACGCUGGUCUCCAGUGCCUCCUUGCGCUUUGCCGUGCCUUCCGUUACAAGUCGACGGAGAGUCAGGAUCGGGCUCACUUCGAUAGCAUUGUGGAGACCAGCUUCCCUCGUCUGAUGGCAAUCUGCAAUGAGCUGGUGAACCAAGAGAGUGACGAGGCCGGUGAGAUGUUGCACCUGGCCCUCAAGGCAUACAAGCACGCCACCUGGCUCGAGCUAUCCCCGUACCUGCGGCAGCAACAGGUUAACAUCGCGUGGUGCACUGUCUUUCUUCAGACCGUGUCCAAGGCUGCCCCAGCAAGCUCCAUGCAAGGUGACCAGUUUGACCGAGAGAAGCAUCAUUGGUGGAAAGCCAAGAAGUGGGCAUACUUCAACCUCAACCGAUUGUUUAUCAGACACGGAAACCCGUCGAGCCCUGGAAAAGGUGACGAUGCCGCGCAGUUUGCCAAGGACUUCACGGCCAAUAUUGCCCCCGAGAUCCUUAAGCACUACCUCCAGGAGAUCGAGAAAUGGGUGGCCAAAACAUCGUGGCUCAGCCGUCCUUGCUUGUCUUACACACUCGUCUUCCUCGAUGAGUCGGUGCGUCCCAAGGAGAUGUGGACGCACCUAAAGCCGCACCUGACCAACCUUGUAACGCACUUUGUCUUCCCUGUUCUAUGUCUGUCGGAGGAGGAUAUUGAGCAGUUCGAAGAAGAGCCAGAGGAGUAUCUUCACCGGAAGCUCAAUUACUUCGAAGAAGCCUCCGCGCCUGAUGUUGCGGCUACCAACUUCCUCGUUAACCUUACCAAGAACCGCCGGAAGGAGACCUUUGAGAUCCUGAAGUUUGUCAACGCGGUUGUCAACGAGUAUGAGCAGUCUCCGGACGAUAAGAAGAAUCACGUCGCCAAGGAGGGUGCUUUGAGGAUGAUUGGCACCCUCGCUCCCGUCAUCCUCAGCAAGAAAAGUCCCAUCGCCGAUCAGGUCGAAUAUUUCCUGGUGCGCUACGUGUUCCCCGAUUUCACCAGCGCGCAAGGCUAUCUCCGUGCGAGGGCUUGCGACACAAUCGAGAAGUUCGAGCAACUCAACUUCCAGGACCAGAACAAUUUGCUUACCAUCUACCGCCACAUCCUGGACUGCAUGGCCGACGCGGCGCUACCCGUCCGGGUAACCGCGGCCCUCGCUCUGCAGCCUCUCAUCAGACAUGAUGUGAUCCGAACCAGCAUGCAGCAGAGUAUCCCAACAAUCAUGCAGCAGCUCUUGAAGCUGGCAAAUGAGGCUGAUAUCGAUGCUCUCGCUAAUGUCAUGGAGGACUUUGUGGAGGUUUUCGCGACGGAGCUGACUCCAUUUGCAGUCGCACUCUGCGAGCAACUUCGCGACACGUACCUGCGCAUCGUGCGCGAGCUCUUGGAGAAGGAGACCCGGGCCGGUGACGAUGGCGAGCUCUAUGCCGAGUAUGACGACAAGAGCAUCACUGCCCUUGGUGUUUUGCAAACAAUCGGCACCCUGAUUCUCACCCUUGAGAGCACCCCUGAUGUGCUACUCCACAUCGAAGCCGUCCUGAUGCCGGUGAUUAAGAUCACCUUGGAGAAUAAGCUAUACGAUCUCUAUAACGAGGUGUUCGAGAUUAUUGACAGCUGCACCUUUGCCGCAAAGGGCAUUUCGCCGAACAUGUGGCAGGCAUUUGAGCUGAUCCACACCACGUUCAAGGCUGGCGCCGAGUACUACCUCGAGGACAUGCUGCCGGCGCUGGACAACUUUGUUCAGUACGGUGUGCCUCAGCUGGUGCAGAAGCCAGAAUACGUUCAGGCGCUUUAUUCCAUGGUGGCCGAUAUGUUCACCGACAGCGUCCAGGGUGGCGUCGAGAGAAUUUGUGCUUGCAAGCUUGCCGAAGCCAUGAUGCUGAGUCUUCGCGGUCACAUCGACACUUGUGUAGAGGGCUUCAUCGUCAUGGCCAUGAACAUUCUCUCCGCCCAGGAGGUCAAGAUCAAGAGCUACAAGAUUCAUCUCAUGGAGAUGGUCAUCAACUCCAUUCACUACAACCCCAUGCUCACCUUGCAGGUGCUGGAGAACAAGGGCUGGACGAAUCGCUUCUUCAGCUUGUGGUUUGGCAGCAUGACAUCUUUCAGCCGUGUCCACGACAAGAAGCUGUGCAUCGUGGCAAUCUCCGCACUGCUCAGUGUGAACCAUGAACAGGUCCCCGCCAGCGUGUCCGUUGGGUGGCCGCGCUUGCUUCAGGGCAUCACGGAGCUCUUCAGAACCCUUCCGAAUGCUAUGAAGAACCGAGAAGAGGCUUUGCGCGAUGACUUUCAGCUCGAAUCUGCUUAUGACUAUGGCGAGGACGACGAAUGGGACGAAGACGAAGCCAACUGGAACGGCGAGGAGGAGGUCACAGAAGAGGGAACUGCCGAGACCAAGGAUGAGAGCAAGGCUUACUUGGACUUUUUGAAUGACGAGGCACAAAAAUUCAGUCGUGCUAUUGAUGACGGCGACGACGACGAACUUGGGGAGGAUAGUGUCCUUCUCGAGUCGCCUUUGGACAAGAUUGAGCCGUAUCAGCUCUUCAAAGCCACCCUGAUGAGUAAGUCGUCUUCCAACCAAAGGCGAUGGUGUGGCAUCGAGUGAGGACCGCUGGCUGACGUUGCCUCGCAGAAAUGCAACAGGAGCAGCCGCAGUACUACGCCAGCCUGGCCGGGCAUCUUUCUGCAGAAGAGCAAAAUAUGAUCCAGACCGUCAUGGCCAAGGCCGACGAGGUGGCUGCCGAGCAGGCGCGACAGGAGCAGCUCUUGGCGCAGCAAGGGCAAUUGGCCGGCGGGGCGCCGCCUAGCUAGAAGCAACGAUUCUGGACGCGUUGACCAGGCCGCCGACCAGCCUUUGAGGAGGAAACACUCUACCGUGGUGGCAAGAUGGAGGUAGUGCAUGAGUCUUGCACGAGCCGUGCGUCGGAGUAUUAAGAUUGGAUCAGUUGGGAAAGCCAUUGCGGUGCCAAGCUGUCAUCUUUGAGCGAGCGGGGGGCUCUACCGCUUCAAGGGUCGCAGCGCGGCACGCUUGACGACAGUCAGGACGAAGAUACCCGCCGCAGUCGCUUGGCGAGAUGUGGAGGGUCGGUCAUAUGUAGGAAGCGUUGCCUGUUGGCCGUCACGGGCAAGAAGCCGCGAGCGAAUGCAACCAAGGCAGAGAGUUCAAGCGAGUGGGUUGCCGUCUUGAGGAUGCGGGUGCUUUGUAGAGCGGGAGGAGACGGACGGAAGGUCUAGACAUUGCAACCAAAGAGAAAAAAAAAGACAAAACGAUCAAUUGACAGACAGCAUUAGUAGUUCGUUUGGAGCGGAUCGAUCGAUAGCGGAUGGGAUUCCCAAUGUGGCGUGAGGUCGGUUUGAAUGCCCGAUGGGGCGGGAGAUGGUGGUUGCGCCAGAGCGUCCAGUAGUCCAGUCGGCAGACUCCGUGUGCCGGCACUGGCCGCCAGCCCCCCCC